AUGGCCACUAUGGAAGCAAAAGACAUUGAAGAGCGCGGUAAACAGCUGGCCAAGGCGGCAUCGGGCGGCGACCCUCCGGCAACUCUGCUCGCUCUUCUAGACGGCCUCAAGGGAUGGACGGCCACGGAAAAGCUGUUGCGCCAGACAAAGAUCGGUGUCCACGUGAACAAGCUGCGCCAGAACGGCGAUGCCCAAGUAGCCCGUACUGCUGCCACCCUGGUCAACAAGUGGAAGACGGACGUCAAGAGAAGCCCUGCCACCGCCGCCUCGAGUGGCACCAACUCUCCUGCGCCAGCAAAGUCCUCACCUGCCCCAGCCGCUGCCUCCAAGCCAAAGUCGGAACCUCAUGGUGAUCCUGAGAAGCGCAACAGUGUGUCAGACAAGAUCGACUGCGGAGUCACUGGAAACCAGACGAGGGACGCCUGCAUCAAGUUGAUGUACGACGGCUUGGCCUUCAUGUCGUCUGAUGCUUCACAAGAUAUUCUGACCGUUGCCCGUUCCGUCGAGCUUGCUGCUUACAACGCCUACCAACCCGAGGGCAGUCCCGAGUACCGCCAGCGCAUACGCUCCCUCUACCAAAAUCUCAAAAACAAGGGCAACCCAAAGCUCCGCAGUCAGGUGCUGUCUGGUGUUGUCAAGCCCGACCGCUUUGUGCGCAUGACCCACGAAGAGUUGAAGAGUGACAAACAGCGUGCCGAGGACGAAAGACUGCAAAAGGAAAACAUGGACAAGGCCAUGGUCGCCCAGGCAGAAAGCAGUAUCAGUGCCAGUCUGACAUGCGGUAAGUGUGGUCAGAAGAAGGUCAGUUACACUCAGGCCCAAACCAGGUCUGCCGAUGAACCUAUGACGACCUUUUGUACUUGUACGGUUUGUGGAAAGCGUUGGAAAUUCUCAUGA